AUGGGCAUGCUUGCCCUAGCAGCAAUGGGCCUAAUCACCGGUACAAGCGGGCACCUUGAAACCUGCCCGAGCAGGACUGCUUUCAGCUGCUCGAGCUCCUCCACCCAACCCACCUGCUGCUUCAAUUACCCAGGUGGUACCCUCCUCCAGACUCAAUUCUGGGAUACCAACCCGUCAUCCGGUCCCGACGACUCAUGGACCAUCCACGGAUUGUGGCCCGACAACUGUGAUGGCACAUACCAGUCGUACUGCGACUCGGAGCGCGCUUACUCAAAUAUCACAGCGAUCCUGCAGGGCCAGGGUCUCUGUGACCUGGUCGACUACAUGGAAGAGUACUGGGUUGAUAUCAAUGGGGAUAACGAGAACUUCUGGUCGCACGAGUGGAGCAAGCACGGUACUUGCAUCAACACCAUCGACCCCAGCUGCUAUUCCAGCUAUAAGCCACAGGAGGAAGUGGGUGAUUUCUUCAAGAAGACGGUUAAUUUGUUCAAGAGGUUGGAUACGCACAAGGCUCUUGCCGCUGCUGGCAUUACUCCGAGUACAUCCAAAACCUACACUCUCAGCGCGAUCCAGCAGGCUCUUACUUCCAUGCAUGGCGCCUCGGUUUACCUUGGCUGCUCUAGUGGCAACUUGAACCAGGUUUGGUAUUUCUUCCAUGUCAAGGGCAAUACUAUUCAUGGAAAAUACAAGGCUGUCGAUGCGCUCACUGCUUCUGGCUGCCCAGACACUGGCAUCAAGUAUGUGCCCAAGUGA